AUGACUGCUUCCACAUCUGCUAUAGUCGGUGCAUUAGCAUGUCAGAAGAACUCAUACUUGAAAACUUUCAAAACUACCGUUGUAUCAAGUUUUGAAUUCAUUCCUCCUCCUACUUCCAAGGAUAAGCAAAAUAAAAAUAAGAAAUCAAAAGGAUCAGACUCUGAACCGGAAUCCAAAAAAGAUGUCCAAUAUGCCGUUGAAUUAGAAGAUACCAUUCUUUUCCCUGAAGGUGGUGGUCAACCUUAUGAUAUUGGAUCGAUAAUCUUACCUGAUGAACAAUCAAUUGCCGUCAAGUCGGUAUUGAGGGAUAAACUUAAAGCCUUACAUUUGACUGAAACUCCUUUGGAACCAGGGACAGAAGUGACAUUGAAGUUGAAUUGGUCCAGACGUAUUGAUUUGAUGCAACAACAUACGGGUCAACAUUUAUUAUCAGCCGUGUUUGAUACUUAUAACUUGGAGACUUUAAGUUGGUCAAUGGGUGAUUUGAUCAAUUAUAUUGAAUUGCCUGAAAAGGUAAGUGAUGAGAUCGUUAAUGAAGUUAAUGCUAAAGUUAAUGAUUUGAUAUUGGAAGAUUUACCGAUCCAAGUAGUUACUCCCGAUCAACAUGGUGGAGAAAUUGAUACUUCUCAUAUUCCUGAUGAUUAUGAUUUAUCAAAGGGGAUUAUUAGAAUCGUUAAGAUUGGAGAAUUAGAUUCAAAUCCAUGUUGUGGAACUCAUUUAUCAUCAACUUCUCAAAUCCAAGGGAUGUCAUUAUUACAUCAAACUAGUGUUAGAGGGGGUCAUUCUCGUCUUUAUUUCAUUUGUGGAUCGAGAGUUUCUCAAUAUUUAAGAAAACAACAUGAGUUAUUAAAAGAUGUAUCUGGAAAUCAAUUAUCUUGUCAAAUUGAAGAAGUGGUUGAAAAAGUAGCUACUUUAAACACUAAUUAUAGAAAAGCCGUAUCUCGUGAAUCUGCUUUAUUGAAGGAAAUCGCUAAUAUGGAAGCUACUAAGAUAUUUACUAAAUUUAGUUCAACUGAUAAACUCGUUGACUAUGUUUAUAGAGCUGAUAAUAGUCCUGAAUAUUUAACUCUUGUUCAAAAGGAAAUCACCACUUUAAUCAAUGGUGAUAAAUCUUCGGGAGUUAAUUUAUCUGAUAAACAAACUCUUGUGUUAUUAAAUGGUGAUUAUCCUUCUGGAACAGGAGGUAUGGUUAAAGUUCUUGGUCCAAAAUCAGAAGAAAUUCAAUCUGAAUUGAAACAAAGAAUUUCAAAUAUUAAAGGUGGUGGUAAAGGUUCUUCCUUCCAAGGUAAGAUUUCCAAAUAUGAAAAAGGUGAAAUAGAAUCAGUAUUACUUUACUUAGAUUCAUUUCGUGAUUAG